AUGAACUCUUCUUCAAACACUCCAGAUAGUCUAAACAUUCGCAUAAAGACUUUUGAUCCCAAUAAGGCUCAAAGUACCAGCCACAGUCAGAAUUCUGAUGGUCGUGAUUGGGGUAUUUCCCCUACAUAUCACACUCCUGAUGGAGACAUCAUUACCACUUGCAAACAUCAGCAGCAGCAGAAACAACAGAAACAACAGAAGCAGAGUCAUGAAAAUCAGUCUGGCUCAGAACAACAAUCAUCAGUUGACUCAAAUGUCAAUUCACGUCUCUUUUGCACUCAUAAAUCUACCUGCGAAUGUAAGGUCUUGGUUCAGGAGUUGGAUGUCAAUGCUCAAACACUUGUUCAUGUUAAAAUGCACUAG